GAAUUUCGUUGCGAUACCGCGAGUGGCCGCUGGAAACAAAGUGGCGGAAAGGCUGAGCGCUGUUCCUGAGGGGCUGAUGCCAGCCUGAAAUCAGCUACCAACAACACAACCACCACUAACAACCCUUCUCUGAGAGGAACCGCUCCGAGUUAAAUCAUUAUUAUGGGAAUGUAAGAGGAGGGCCUUGCUUCGAUCAACAUGGCGGACAACAAAGCGCAGGGGCUGGGGUAAUAACCGUAACAGCGGCGCACUCUGACUACACACAUCACUAUGGAUCAGAUUCACAACUCCCACGAAGGCUUCAACAACAACAGCAACAGCCCAUAUAAUAACCACUACCCAAACUAUAGACCCGGCUAUGGGAAUAGUGGAUACGCGGGAAUAAUGAGUCCCUCGCGCCAGGGGAAUAACCUGAUGGGCCCGGGAACCAAAGCGGCUAUGAUUGCUACAAACUCCCCGGCUGGAAGCGGAGGGUUUCAACAACGGUUUCCCGGACAACAGUGUCCGCAGCAACAGCACCCUUCCGGAGCUACACCGACUCUAAACCAGUUAUUGAGGUCUCCCAGCCCGAUGAUGCGCGGUUAUGGAAGUGGCUAUCCUGAUUAUAACGUUAAUUCUUCACAACAACAGCAGCUAACGAUAGCUAAAGACAUUCAGUACGGCUCGGCUACUCACGGCUGGGGACAACAACAAAGAAGUCACCCGGCCAUGAGCCCGGGGAACAACGGGCAGGGCGGUGGCAGACCUCAGGUGCCGGCAAUGGACCCGAUGGGGAUGAAGCGCUCGCAGCUUUACGGCAUGAGCAACAACCCGUACUCCCAGCAGCAGGGUGCGCCGUACUCGGGCCAGCCCUACGGUGCUCCGUCCCCCCAAAGAUACCCGAUGGGGAUGCCCAGCCGGGGGCAGAUGGGGAUGGGAGGGAUGCAGUACCCUCAGCAGCAGAUGGGUUCUCAGUACAGCCAGCAGCAACAGAGCAUGGGUAGUUACUCUCAGCCAGGUCAGCCUCCGUACUUCAGCCCUCCACAGCAGCAGCCCGCUGCCCCAAGCCAGCCGCCGUACAUGCAGCCACGCCCACUGCCACAACAGGAGGUUCCUCAGGAGGCUUACGGGGGGCGCGGCCAGUCUGCUGCUAUGACUCCUGGGAAACCGAACCAUGAGGAGAUGAAUCUGAGCCAACAGGAGAGGCCGUCCAGCCUGCCGGAUUUAUCCGGUUCCAUUGAUGACUUGCCCACGGGCACAGAGGCAGCGGUGACUUCAGGAGCGUCGGGCUCCGGCAGCGCUCAGGGCGACCAGGGGACCCCGGCCCGUUCUCCUUUCUCCCCCCACGUCUCCCCUCGCCUCCCCCCGCCUGCUCGCUCCGGGCCCUCCCCUUCACCCUCGCUGUCCCCAGCCGGCUCGAGCAACCAAUCACGAUCAGGACCGAUGUCCCCCGCCACCAGCGGACCAGGCUCUCAGUUGGCCCCUCAGCUCUCUGGUCCUGGAUCAGACGUUGGUCUUCAUCCCUCCCAUUCGGCCAUGACCCAGGACAGAGGUUUCCCUCCCUCCAUGCAGCGAAGCACUUUGGGACAUCAGUUUGACUCCCAGCAGUCGGCACCACCCAUGUCCCCUCACACUGCACCGGGGGGGCCCAUGCACCAUAGCUCUUACCAGCAGGGGGCCUCCUACGCCCACUACGGCCCCCCAGGUAACUACCCUCGACCCCCCCACUAUGGGGGGGCCCCCAGUGCCAACUACAGCGGCCCGGGCCCCGGCUUAGCCAACAGCCUGGGUUUGAACGCCAGUAGUCCCAUGCACGGCCAGGGACCGUCUACUCCAGCAGGUCGCGGCCCAGGUCCCGGAGCCGGGGGGCGGUCUUACCCCGCUGGAGGAAGCACCAUGGCCCCUACUUCCCCCGGCAUGCCACAGCCUGCCGGGCAGGGCAUGGGGCCCCCAGGGCCCAACGCCAGCAGCAAACAGCCUGAGGUCGGCCCCAACGUUGGGCCUAGUGCCAAUGCCAACGCCGCCCAGAGCAGGCAGGGCAGCUACCUGGGCAUGGCCCAGAUGGGAGGAAUGGGGGGAGGCCUGUACAGCCAGCAAAACAGCAGCAAGUCUGGGAGGAUGACUCCGCAGGGACCCCCCUACAACGCUACAUCCUCAGGCGCCGGGGUGAUGAUGCCAGCAGACGGGACUGGACUGGUCGAGCUCGGCUACGAACCGCCCAAAACCAAGCCCCCUGUGUCCCCCAGCACCGCUGGUCUGUCCUUGUGUCCCGGGGAAGACGCUGAUAGCAUCAGCAGCUCCGCCUGGGCUAAGACGACAACCAGUUCCAAGCAGAACGUGGCCACCAUGACCAACGAGAAGAUCACCCGUCUGUACGAGAUGGGCGGCGAGCCGGAGAGGAAGCUGUGGGUCGACCGCUUCCUGUCCUUCAUGGAGGAGCGGGGGACGCCUGUCCCAAACCUGCCUGCCGUGGGGAGGAAACCUCUGGACCUCUGCAGGCUCUACCUGGCUGUCCGAGAGAUCGGAGGCCUCGCCAUGGUGAAUAAGAAUAAGAAGUGGAGAGAGUUGUCGUCUCUGUUGAGCGUGGGGACGUCCAGCAGCUCGGCCAGCUCUCUGAAGAAGCAGUACAUCCAGUACCUGUUCGCCUACGAGUGUAAGGUAGAGCGAGGGGAGGAGCCUCCGCCUGAGGCACCGGGCUGCGCCAGAGACACCAAGAAACCUCCGACACUGCAGGCCAAGAUCCAGCCCCCUUCCCCAGCCAACUCGGGCUCCCUGCAGGGCCCCAACAUAACUCCGUCAGAGGCCCCUGGAAACCUGAAGCCCCCGACCCCUGCCUCCACCCCGCACAGCCACAUGGGCCCCCAGCCCUCCACCCCGAACAUGGCCGGCGUGAGCGUCCUGGACCCGUUCUCUGAAGGCAGCGAUCCAGCCUUCCAUAACAAGCGAGGCCCGGGACUCCGCAACGCCCCCUACCAGCAGGGAGGGGGCCCCACAGACCCCUCAAUGAGGAUGCAGUACAAUGCCAACAAAGACCCCUACGGAGGGCCCAGGAAAGGCCCGGGGCCCGGCGAGGCCUUUGGUCCGGGUCAGAUGCCCAGUGGUGCCAUGCAGGACGGGUACCCCCACGGGCCGUCCUCUGGGCCUCUUACAGGGAUGGACCCCAGGCCCCAGUACCCCUACGGCCCCGGAUACGAGCGGAGGCCGGACCAUGUCCUGGGGCCGGAUGGGGGUUUGGCGCCCCCUGGAGGUCAGAGCAGCAUGGCUCCAUCUGGAGGUGAGGCUGGCAUGUACCCGGCCAACAGAUACACGCAGCAGAGACAUGGACAUGACGGUUAUGGGAAGCAGUAUCCUCACGGCAUGGCCUACAGUUCCCAUCAGCCCCUGCACCCUCCGCAGCAGGGAUACAAGCGUGCGAUGGAGGGCAUUUAUCCCCCUGCGAAGCGGCAUGAGGGUGAGGUGUUUGCGGCGCAGCAGUUUGGCUCCCAGCAACCUGACAUGUUCGGUCCGUACGGUGGAGGCAGCGACAGUGGGGGGGGCUACUUGGGCUCCGAGCAGCGGCCGGUGCAGGGUCAGUACCCAUAUCCAUACACCCGGGAGCGGCAGCAGGGCACGAUGGGCCCCGGGGAGGGGCCGCAGCCCAACACGUGGCCCCCCAGGACUGACUACGCAUACAGCCGGCAGGGCCAGGGGCCGGCGUACCCCAAUGUCAGCCGAGGAGAUGAGCAGGAGGGCCGGGCACCGCAGGACAGCCAGUGGCCCCCCGGGCAUCCCAGCCAAUGCCAGACCCCGUACCCCCACUCCGCCUCCCGCUCCAUGUCCCCCCUGCCUUCCAGACAGCCCCCCUCCUCCUUCCAGGCCCUGCCCACCGCCCAAAACCAUGUGAGCCGCUCUCACAGCCCUUCCUCGUUCCCCCGCCCCCCGCCCGGCUCCCUGUCCCCCAACAGCGCUCCCUACCUGCCCUCCAUGAAAAAGCCGGGGCCCUCAGCCCCUCAGGGCCCCCCCAUCAUCCACGGGGAGGUCAGCUUCCCCCCCGGGUCUGUGGAGGCCACCGUCCCCAAACUGAAGCCACGACGCCGGCUCACCGCCAAGGACACAGGAACCCCGGAGGCGUGGCGGGUGAUGAUGUCACUGAAAUCCGGCCUAUUAGCGGAGAGCACCUGGGCUCUGGACGCCAUCAACAUCCUGCUGUACGACGACAGCACCGUGGGCUCCUUCAGGCUCUCACAGCUUCCUGGUUUCCUGGAGUUGAUCGUGGAGUUUUUCCGCCGCUGCCUCAUCGACAUCUUCGGCAUCCUGGUAGAGUACGAGGUGGGAGCCGAGGGCCAGAGGACGCUGCUGGGACCGCUGCCUGACCCCCCCAAGGAAAAGGAGGAGGAAGUGAAGGAGACGCCAUCUCACGGACAAACAGCCGAGGCUCAAAAGACACCAAAGACGGAGGAGAGAACGCUCCCAGCUGCAGCCGACAUUGACAAAGAGGGAGCUGUUGUAAAACAGGAAGUGCAGCUGGAGCCCCGCCCCCAACAGGCCAGCAAGUUUGACAAGCUGCCAAUCUUGGUGGAGGAGGAGGGAGGAGAGUGGGAGGAGCUGGAAAGGCGCUGGGCCGAGCUGAGCCAAUCAAACGGCUUCAUCAGCGGCCUUCUGCACUGGAAAGCCGGGGGAGGAGACUCCACUGCUCACAUCCAGACGGGAGACACCAUCGCCGUGGAGAGGGGGAGAGGAGACGAGAGGGGAGGGGAAGAAGACGAGGAGACAACACCUGAAAUACAAAAAGGCUACCUGUGGGAGGGGGGGCGUCCCAGCCCGCUCAGCGAACUGGAGGACGAGCCUCGCUGCUGGGACGAGGCUCCUCUGUCCACGGCUGAGUGGUGGCAGGACUCUCUGGCCAGACGCUGCCUGUGUGUCUCCAACAUCGUGCGCAGCCUCUCCUUCGUCCCCGGCAACGACGCCGAGUUGUCACGCCACGCCGGCCUGGUGCUGAUCCUCGGCCGGCUGGUGCUGCUGCACCAUCAACACACACCCAGGAAACGCACGGCGCCAGGUGUCCAGCAGGUGGAGGAAGCGGGGCUGGCGUGCAGCAGGGACGAGUGGCGCUGGGACUGCCUGGCCGCGCUACGUGAGAACACACUGGUGACGCUGGCCAACAUGGCGGGCCAGCUGGACCUGUCGCUGUACCCGGAGAGCAUCUGCCUGCCGCUGCUGGACGGGCUGCUGCACUGGAUGGUGUGCCCAGCGGCCGCCGCGCACGACCCGCUCUCUGCCUCGGCGCUGUCGCCGCACAGACUGGCGCUGGAGUGCCUCUGCAAGCUGAGCAUCCAGGACGGCAACGUGGACCUGCUGCUCGCCACGCUGCCCUUCAGCCGGCAGCAGACGCUCUACGCCGCGCUGCUGCGCCUCGUCGGCGAGCGGCGCAGCCAGGUGUGUCGGGAGAUGGCCGUCGCCCUGCUGUCCAACCUGGCGCAGGGCGACGCUGCGGCGGCACGUGCCGUCGUGCUGCAGAAAGGCAGUGUGGGUACUCUGAUCGGCUUCCUGGAGGACGCUGUGGCCGCGGCGCAGUUCCAUCAGAGCUCGCAUGCCGGCGAGCCACCGAGCGUCAACAUGAUGUGUCGCGCCGCCCGGGCACUGCUGGCCAUGGCAAGGGCGGAGGACAACCGGACGCAGUUCGUGCUGCACGAGAGCCGGCUGCUGGACGUCUCGCUGUCGGCCGCGCUCGACGCGUCUGUGACGGCCGUCAUGUGCGAAGUACUCUUUAAAAUCGGCCGCUCGUGACACGAACAUGGCUCUGAUUCUAUUUUUAUUUAAAGAACACAAAUGUUUUUACUUACAAAUGAAUAUAGAGAGAAUAUAAAUAUAUCGGCUCCAUCCGCAGGAAUGUUUAUUUGGGAUUUUUAAGUAAUUUUAAUACAGACGAUGAAACUAUUUAAUGUAUUUUUAAUUUUUUAAUUCUUUAGUGUUUUUGUUCAGUUUUAACCAAAGUGUGAAGGUCAAAGUCUCGGCUUCUUCCUAUCUUCAUUUCUUUCAGUUUCCUGGGGGGGUCAGAGUUAUUUAAACGAUGACACGUGUUGUAAAUAGGCGUCUUUUUAUUCUCACAACAGUGGAAACACUGAUGUUCAGUCACGUACUUUGUUUUCUGUGCAAUAUGUACGUUUUAAUGUGAAUAAUUUGACCACCUGCAGAGCGUCCAUCAGUAUUUAGCCCCCAACAGUAUGGAACACCAAUUUUGUUUUAUAAGAAAUUUUUAUGUCCUCUACAAAUCUCCCAUCAUGCAUCUGUAAAUAGACAUAGAGAUGUACAUUUGAGCCCUGGUGAUGUACGUAGCUGAACGUUUAGUUCCUCUCUUUCCAGCAGGCGAAGACUCUGUUCUCUGUAUUUAAGGGGAACACCCGCUUGGUUUCAGGGUGUGUUUUGGUGGAAGGUGCGUUUGAUUUGAGAGACUCUGUGUGCGGUUAUCUGUACUCUUAACUGACACCACUUCAGAAACUGUUGUAACAAAAUGUCAAAAGAUGGGGGGGGGGAAGGAAAAGAAAAUCUAUCAUCCCGAGUAUCCUGUUUAAAAUCACAGAUGUUUAAUAAACGUACGUGAACUCUGGUUGAACACUGAA